GGCGUAGGAAGAACGAUGACUCCUGCCUCGCCCCUUCCAAGUAUGCCCAGAAAAAUAGCGCUUGUAGGAAAUGAAGGUGUAGGGAAGUCAGCGCUUGUCCAGGUGUUUCUGCACAAUGAUUUUCCACUAAGCUACAGACCGACGUUCGAAGAUACUUACUCGUGGCAUAGUCCCGAAUUUGGCAGUGUUUUAAUAUGUGACACUGCUGGAGCCCCAGCUUUCGAUCGGCUCCGACCCUUCUCAUAUGAGGGCGUCCAGGGAUUUCUUGUUUGCUUUGCUGUCGAUGAAAGGAGGAGUUUUAGGGAUAUAGAGGAGAAAUGGCUUCCCGAGAUCAAAUAUUUCACACCCUCUUGCACGUUUGCUCUCGUUGCUACGAAGGUCGAUUUGAGACAUGAUCGAGCGGCCAAUGCCAGACUGAAAAUCAAUGGGGAGAUUAUGGUAACAACAGAAGAGGGUCAGAAGAUGGCUGAGAACGUCGGCGCAACGCAUUACCUGGAAUGUAGUGCAAAAACUAAAGAAGCCAUAAUAGAUGUCUUUAAAGCAGGGGUGGAAAGCCCAUCUCAUGUUAAAAAGGGAGAGGAGGAGAGCAAUGCCGAGGAUGAAAUUGUCACUCUUUCAUCCACUUCAGGAAAGGGUGAGGAGAUUGAGUCAGUCUCUUCCUCGCCUGGCACGCCAGUAUCGACACGUAAAACAGUAGUCUCUGCUAGACGCUCACUGUCAUCAACUGUUGAGCGGACGCUGGCGGUAGAGGUAAAGAAGGGGGUGCGACGAGUUGCUGUUGAAGCAAACGGGACAUCGCCAGCGUUAACUCGUUCAAAGUCGAGCCGAAGUGCACCUCGUAGCACGGUGGGGACGAAUGCGCAACGUGCAGAGCUGACAAAACAGCGAUCCAUGAUGACGCUGCCGACCGUGGCCGAGCACGCAGUUGUCGAAAAGAGUGUCAAAGCGGAGCAGAAGAAACAUGUAAUACCCACUCCAGCCACCUCACCAGGUUCAUUGAGAAAGAAAGCAUCCAAGUCAGAUUUGGCUGUAGUGAGUGAACCUGGCACGAAAUCUGCUGCGAGUACAACUAGCCGGACUUCAUUCACGACCAAGCGUAUCAAGGACCCAACUAUGUCGCCGGCCAGCCGCGUCGCCCAAAAUACUGAACCUGUCGCUCCUCGUACCGCAGACAAGCGGCGCAGCACGCCUGCCCCUCCUCCAAAGGCGUCGCCGUCAGUCUUGCGAAAGUCACCCAGCAUCAUUGGUAUCGGGGCUCUAGAAACCAAUCGAGUUGGUCAGCAGACCCAAGUCCCCACACGAAAUCACCCCGUAACUGAAUUAAAGAAGCGAACAAGCAUCUCAUCACUGUGGAAGCGAGAACCACAUCCAGACAAGCAAAUGAUAUCUGCGCGAUCAGUGGCAUCAACGAUCCAGCCAGCCUCAAAUAUGUUGACGCCCCCCGCUUCACCCGCCCCUGCCAAAAGGGAAAAAGAGCGGAAGAUCCCUGUUUGGGAGCGUCUCACUGCAGUAGCCAAGAAGAAAUCCAACGAAGCCCCGUCCAUCAAAGUCAAUGUAAAAAAGGAGACUAAAGGGUCCAGGAAAUGGAUUUAGUGAGUUGCUACAUAUUCGUGUGUAACAUAGUAUAUAUAGUAUAGAUAUUUGUGUGUUUUAUAGUAUUAUUUGGUUGUGUUAGUGCAUGUAUGCCUUACUGUAUAGAAAGCUUGCUAAUAUAGGAGCAGACGGAUGAUCUUUUGCAUGAAAACAUCAGAA